GCCCACCCACGCCAGGGCCGCCCACCCUCCCAAAUAAUAUUCCGCUCCUUCGCCGCCCGUGAGGCAAGAGCCGGGGUGUGUGCUCAAAUCAACCCGGCAUAUGUGCAUAUAUUGGAGGACGAUAGUGUAAAGCGACGUGAAAUAUGUGGCACCCAAGGGUUGUGGAUUUACAAUCCUCAAUUCUCUGUUUGCUGAUAGCUGCAGAAGUUGGAGUGGCUCUGCGAGAUGUUCGUGUCACAAUUCCAGUGGCAGUCAAGAAGGGCGAUAACGCUAAUCUAAUAUGUAAUUACGAUAUGGAAGGCGAUAUAUUAUAUUCAGUGAAAUGGUAUAAAGGCCGUCGUGAAUUUUAUCGAUACACCCCGAAGGAGAAUCCAGCAAUGAAAAUAUUCCCACAACCCGGAAUAUCAGUGGAACGAACACUUUCCAACGAGAGCCAGGUUGUCCUAACUGCCGUAGAUACAACGAUGUCUGGAAAAUUCAGUUGUGAAGUAUCAGCAGAUGCUCCUUCCUUCCACACAAUAAUUGUUUCCGGCGACAUGGAGAUAGUAGAAUUACCAGAAAAAAGACCAUCAAUUAUGGGGAUACACUCGCGAUAUAGAGUGGGAGAUAUGUUGAGAGGAAAUUGCUCUUCACAUUUCUCAAAACCAGCGGCAAAUUUAACGUGGACGAUAAACGAACUCCCGGCGAGUCCGCUGUACACAACUGAAUAUAAAUUGAUCAAAGGUGUAAAUAGCAACUUGGAGUCAUCAGUAGUGGAAUUGCAUUUCACGAUUGCACCAAAUCAUUUUUUACGUGGGAAACUGAAGUUGAAAUGCUUUGCCAGUAUUCAUGACAUCUAUAGGGCGUAUGCCGACAAGAUAAUUGAGCAGGAGACUCCUCGGAUUUUAGCCACAGGAACUUCUGGACACAAUGCAAAUCUUUUCCAAAAUACGCCUUAUGAGUCGUCUUCCAAUUUAGAUGAGAGUAAUAGGGAGAAUCACAUCGAGAGCGAUGGCUUUGUCAAGCGCUAUCAAGCUGAUUUAUCAUCUUCUUCAACGAGUGCAUUCUUCAAGGUGACAAAAGCUGAGACUUACUUCUUCGGCAACAAAUGCUAUUAUUUGGUUAUACUAUCUUUGAUAAUGUGUGCAGGAGGUUGAUUCUAUCCAAGUCACUAGUGAUAAGGAUGCAAAUUGUAAAAAGAGAUUUUCAGUAUAAAAAAAAUUGCUUCUAUACAAAUGAGCUACAAUUUGAAAUAAAUUUGUAUAAAGACCUAUGAAAUGACAUAAGAUUAUGAGUAAAUGAUUGUAAAAAAUAAAGACGAAGUGAAAUCAAAAGAAGUGUAGUAAAGAGUAAAUGUAGAAUUGCAAUACAUGUUACUACAUAAUGAAAGACUUAAAAUGAAUUACAUUGUUUAGUUAAUGGGUAAUUAAGAUUAGAUGCAGUUGUAACCAUGAAAUAAAGUCAGACGACAGUUGUAGACUAGAUUAAUUGUUUUGUUAGGUGAUAAACCAAGGAAAUAUUAGAUGAAUUUCCCAAUGCAUUACAGAAAUAAAUGUCUAGUCAAUAAGUAAUGGCAAGUAAGAUCGAUUUUCAGUUUCACCGUAAUAGUGAUAGAUGACAGUGAAAUGAGAGAAUCUAAUAUUGCAUAAAAUAUGAGAAAAAAAACAAUGUAAGAUGAGAUCGAAUGUAUGUAAAGUGAAGAA